UACCUAGAACUUCGUCUAUUUUUCCUCUCCACACCUAAUAUUUCACGCACCACUCCCGGCGCACGGUAGCAACAACCACCACCGUCCCUUCCAAACUUACCACAACCAAUGGCGUCGUCGAACUCGACCCCUCUCGACCUCGAAAUCACAGUAGUCUCCGCCAAGCAUCUGAAGAACGUGAACUGGCGCAACGGCGACCUCAAGCCCUACGCCACCGUCUACCUCGAUCCGGGCCACCGCCUCGCAACCCGAUCGGACGACUCGGGAUCCACCCGGCCCGUAUGGAACGAGCGGUUAACGCUUCCACUCACGCGCCUGCUUCGCGACUCCCUCCUCACGCUCGAGAUCUUCCACUCCAGACCCUCCGAAACUCCAAAACCGCUAGUCGGUGCCCUCCGUGUCCCGCUCGGCAACCUCGUUGGCGACCCUAAGGAGUCAACUCGCCCGAUUCACACCCUCGAGCUUUGUCGCCCUUCGGGCCGGCCUCAGGGUAAGGUCCGGUUAACGCUCGCCCUGCGUGAGCGCCACGUUCCGCCUCCAGAUUACCAGAUUGCCCCGCGGAACAACCAUUAUUACUCUUCUGCUCCUCAAUGCUCCUCUGGCCACUAUUCUCUGCCACCGCCUUGGCCAUACUUGAACCGAGCGUCCAGUAGCGUAGCAUCAGGUGGCCCAUCGGCGCCCGUUGAUUUUUCUUCAUCGAGCGACCACAAUCCGCCGCCGGCUCAGCCGUAUCUGGCGUCCAAUUACAGCGCUCCAGGUGGGCCAUCAGCUCCCGUCGAUUUCACGCGGUACGAUCACGAGUCGGCAGCGAGGGACAGAUACGGUAGUUAUCGCCGUGAUUACUGAGCACGGAAGGGUUGCUCUACCAUGAUUUCCUUUGGUUGACUGCCAACUGCUAUGAAUUAUAAUGCUGGUGAUAAUCUUGGGAAGGCAGAGACUGGCGUUAAGCGCGAUGGCAUGCACAAAUUGAUGUCUAAAGUAUAAUUAAAGCAGCCACAGAAGGGAGAGAUUGGAGCUUUAGCUUCUGCAAUUGUGGUGAGAUAUAGAUUAAGGGGGUGACUUUCUACUAGUUUAGCUGGUAAACAGGACUUGGAAUUUAAUUCUGCCUAAACCAAGCUAUUAACUCGUAAAAGGGUUGAUUAUAAGAUUAAGUAGGCAUACUUAAAAGAGGAUAAAGAGCGAAGAUGAUAUCAGCUGAGUGCGUGCAUGUGGUUCGAAAGGAGAUUGGAUUAAUCGAAGUAGGAGUUUGUUAUGUAAGAAUAGCUUUCCUUGCUUCAAUGUUUCAAGCCUCGCAAUCAAUUUCUUCACGCAAUGUCUUGAUUUGUGAUGGUCUUUGGGCAUGUUUGUUAACGUAUAUUGGAGGUGUUUUUUUGUCUGAAAAAGUGUUCUGACCUAAUUUAUAGGUGAAAACAACUUUGAGUGCUU